UUUUUUUUUUUUUUUAAUGAGUACCUGAGCUGCUGUUUGACCCACCUCUGUCGGCUCUGACUCAGAUGUGUGUGUGAUCGAGGAUCUCUACCGUUUUGUUUUUUUUUUCUUCACCCACUCUCCCGUUAUUUGAGAGCGCUGCGGAGUCCGCUCUGACUUUACCUGCCUCACCUGAGCAGACUCACCUGUCCGGACAUUUUCUUCCGUCCUCAAAUCUGAAAGCCUGACUUUGACAGCAAGAAAAGUGUGAAGACUUUUAGAAGAUAAAGCUAACGCAACAAGAAGAAAAGGCGCAAGGAGUAAAGAAGAAGAAGAGGAUCGAUCCUUUCCAUUUUCCCCCUCAGCUUCCUGCUUUUAAACUGUUACCUGUUCUGACGUCGCUUCUUUUUUUAAACUUCCGUGCGCUAAAUAAAAAAAAAAAGACUUUUUUACAAGGACCGGUUGGUUUUGACCGAGCAUGCCGCGGGCCUUUCUGGUGAAAAAGGCGAACGUUUCGCCUGGAAAGCGGAACUGGAGUGAGCUCCCCGACCAUGAGAGAGGGGACGUCUACAUCCCAGUCUCCAUCUUCCCGCCAUCGGUCCUGACUACGGAAGCUGAGGCCAGCCCCGCGGAGAUUGUGCCUCUCUGCCUCAGCAAACACACUCCAUCGGACAGUCUUGCUGAGCUGCCGUCCAGCACGGUGCUUGGACAACCGUGGAGUCCGACCGGUUCACCGGAGGGGAGGUCGGACAUCAGACGGAGCUUACAUGGCGGGUCGUUGUAUGUUCGAUCCAAAAUUAAGGUAACUACAGGCGAGUUGCCUCCUGAUCCCUCUCCUCUUCCUCAAGCUCAUCCCUCCAUUUCCAAUCCACAACCUUUACCUCCACAAGCCACUGUGAUGCCACCUGCCCCCAAGCAAAACCCUGUGCUUUCAGAGGUGGCAUCGAUGGUGAGCAGAUCACUGGGUCAAACUCAGAACACUCCCUCAACCACAGCAGGAGGCUUUGUGUGCCAGGUUUGCCAGAAGACCUUCCAGUAUCAGCGCAUGUUAAACAGACACAUCAAGUGCCACAGUGACACCAAGAGACACCUGUGCACCUUCUGCGGCAAAGGCUUCAACGACACCUUCGACCUCAAGAGACACGUCCGCACACACACAGGCGUCCGUCCAUACAAGUGCUCGCUGUGCGACAAGGCCUUCACCCAGCGCUGCUCCCUGGAGUCCCACAUGAAGAAGAUCCACAGCGUCACCCUGAAGUACGCCUACAAGGAGCGCCGCAACAAGCUGUACGUCUGUGAGGAGUGUGGCCACACAGCGGGUGCUCAGGACGAGCUGCUCCUCCACCUGCAUUCGCUGCACCCAGACAGCGCCCUCCUGAAGGGGAAGGCCGCGAGGAGGGCGGGAGGUCUGGGAGCAGCAGGUACCGACUCUGUCGGAGGAUCCUCUCCAGGUUCUCCGCGGGAAGCCGACAGCGAUGACACUAACGGAUCGGCUGGGCAGUAGAUCACCAGAAUAAACUCAGAAAGGAUGGAUGAAGGAGGAAUGUGUUAACUCAUGGACUUACAGAGUUUACUGUUUAUAUAUUUAUGAAAGGGCUGGGAUUUGGGUUUUCUCUUGUAUGAAAAACGCCAAUGAUAUGAUGCAGCAAGAGUAAGUUUGACUAGAAUGGGCCAAAACAUUAUGACCACAUUCAAACAUGUAUCAUCAGGGAUUAUUUCAUGAGCAGCAGAUGUAGCUUAUCAACCAACAAUCAGAUUUUAUCUCCCAAACAGAACCUUAGAAGAACCUGAAACAAGGUAGAAACUUUUUAGAAGACGCUCGAGAUCAGCCGCAUACGCUUUCGUCCCACAUCCACCCAACCUUUGUGCAGGAACGCCUCAUUAUGUUUUGGCUCAUCUUUAUAUUUUCUAUGGGACUGUAUUACCAGUGGGCUUCUCUGUGAAACAGAAGAGAUACAUUUUUCUAAUGGAAAACAUUAUUAUUAAAGUAAAUAAUAUAUUACAUAA